CUAUUUUCCCCGAGCGCUGUCACUGUCAUGGAUUCUUAUUCCACGCUCUUUCGUCAUUGGUCGUGAAUCAUGCUUUCUCUCUCCUCGUCAGUGCGAUAGGACUUGAUAGCAAAAUGUCAUCGUACUACACGGAAAAGCACCGCCACUCCAGACGACGUGAGCUCCCCGUCGCGGGGACGGUGAUGCGUCGGGUUGAAGUGAGGAGACCAUCAUUGGAGAAGUCUCCACCGCCCGCUCCUGCGGCUCCCUCGGUCAAGGACUCCACCAAGGAACCUCCCAAGGAACCUAAGAAGGAGGAGCCCAAGGAAGCGUCUCAAGAGAAAGACGUUGCACCCCCGCCAGCGCCGGAGUGGUCCAAGUGGGAACCGAUCGAGGGGGCUGGUUGGGACGGCUACUGGAGAGCAAAGGCAACAGAGGAUGGUGGAUGGGUUUACCAGUUCACCAAGGACUUCUCAACAAUAUGGGAGCAAAAGCCCGUUGAGGCCGCUCCUCCAGCCAAGUCGUCGUCGGCGUCAGCGUCGGCAGCCGCCUCGGCACCCCCAGCUGGUGAGCCAGUGCGAUUUGAAGAGACCGCUGCUCCUGCUCCUGCUUCUGCUACUGCGAUUCCACUCCCUGAGCAGCCGCCACCGUCCGCCGGCUAUAAUGAAACGGCCGAGAGCGGCUGCACCUGCGCAUUUUGCUACUACAAUGCUUCUGCUGCUGCUGCCUCGCACUCGCUGCCAGAUGACUUUGCCGCCCUAACAGUCAGUGGUAACAGAGACGCCAGCCACAGCCACCACUACCAGUACACACAAGCAACACCAGCAACAGAAAACCCCGCCGCCGCCGCCGAGCAAGGCCUCGUCGCCGCCAGCCAAGCAGGCUACCCAGCCACCGCCAUCCACCCAUCACAGGAAGUCACCUGCCGUCACAGUCCAGGGGCUGCCUCCGCCGCCCGCUCCAGAGCCAACAAAAAAGGUAGUCGCCACCACUCUCACUCUUCCCACAAACCCACCCAUCACCGUUCCCUUGAUUCCGACAAGGCCUCUCGUCAUCCGAAGGAAAUUGGGGACGUCGUGAGCGCCGAGAAGGAGAAGAAGUACGACCCGGUGAAGAUCGUAGACAACUGGGUGUGGGAAUGGGGUUACGGUGCUUGAACGCGUAGGACUGUCACACUGACGGCCUCAUUCCCGUCAGCUGGAAGAGGGGGCGGGGGUUGCGCGAAAUGAUAAUGUGAUAUCUGAAAAGGCCCAGCGUUCAAGCUGGUAUUACUGUUAGCCCUCAAAUAUAGAGAGACAUCCUCUGUCAUAUGAUAUCGGCCCAACGAAAUAGAUUCCCAUCGUUUGUUCACUC